UCCAAAUAGACCUUACUUUAUUUUUUAGUUAUUCUUGUGAAUAUAGGGAAAUAAUUUAAAAAAAAUGCCUCUAGAAAAAGUUUGUAAAUCUUGUGAAUUGAACGAAAGUAAUUUCUGUUUGACUUGUACAGCUGGCCUUCGAAGAAAAUCGAAUACAUCUAAAGGAUUCUCAGCUCAAGACUUUGUCGAACAUCUUCUAACAAAAGGCUCUAUAGCACCAUGCGACGAAACUGCAGAUCAAUUCAAUAACAACAAACUACCACCAUAUUAUGAUGAAGAAAUGUAUAUUAGGGGUCAGAAAUUCUUUCACAAACACAUCUUUGGCAUGUUCUUGGGUAAUCUGCUCGGAUUGAUGGCAGGCCUGUCCAUUCAAAGCAGUUUGGCAGUGCUGAUCAUGACGAAAAUGUCGGGUUCGGACUACACGGCGUACAAGAGAUACGUGUCGACGAUUUUGCACAUGAUGAUCUGGUACGACAGCGAUUUCAAACCCGGAUCCAGAUUGUGGAAAUCUCUGGAAAACGUCAAACAGAAACAUAACUCGGCCAGUAAGAAAUCCAUGUGCGUGCUAAAGUACCGAAUCAACCAGAAAGAUAUGGCAUUGGCUCAAUUCGGGUUCAUGGGUCUAAUAGUGACCAGGAACCAACUCUUGGGCAUUCACGAUAUGAACGACGAUGAGCUGGAAUGUUUUCUUCAUGUUUGGAGAGUUAUAGGAUAUGUCUUGGGCAUGGAGGAACAGUACAAUCUCUGUCGAAAAAACAUCGACGAAACCAAAGCGAUAUGCCAUGAAAUCCUCACAAGAGUAAUUACACCAACGGUUGAAGAAAAACAAACCAACCACCUUGAUAUGGUCAACUAUCUCAUCAACGGUCUUCGCACGAUGAACCCCUUUCUCGAAACCAAAACCUUUAUGUUCUAUAUGAGAAUAGUUUUAAAUAAUGAUCUAACGUGCGUUGGGAAUAAUGACCUAGAAUACCGAUUAAUGUCAAACGAUCAGAAAUUCAGAUUACGAGCUAUAUUAUUAACGAUUAAAAGUUUGCAAUAUAGUUUGGUUAGGAUACUUUUGAAUAGCCUUCAAUGGUUUUCUGUGUGGAUAAUCAAGACGUAUCCGUAUUUGGCUUUCUAUAAGUUUGGGAAAGCUAAUUCCUAUGUGAAUAUCAUGAGAACCUACUGAUUGACACUCACGCAGUUGUUCCCAUCAUGGUUGUUCCCUGACAACUUAAUUUAAAAGAAAAUUAUAUUUUCAGUAAUUUUUUGAAAGUUGUCUGACGAUAUCAUUUCUUUUAUAGCGGCACAGACAAAUUUUGAAUGAAAAUUAGACAAUACUUAGGUUUAUUAUUAUUACGUAAAUAAAAAUAAACUAUAUUAUUA